UCUCGGGUGCCGCCAUGUUGGUGAGGAGAAAUCACCGUUACGGCCACUGUCCAAAUCCCCGCGUCGCUGCGCGCCACCCGCCGGCUCCCACGCCUCAGCCUCCGGCGGCGAAUACAGACUAGAGCGGCAGCGCCGGCAGCGCGGGGCCGUUGCCCCAGUCUUUGCAGUUAGAGCCCCAUCUCUCUGGCGUGGUUGUUAAUAGACUGGAAAGUCUGUGUCUGUGUCGCUCACUAGUAACCGUGAGUUUUUACCACUUCGUCACCCGUCGGCGGCGGCCGGGAGCAGGUGCCCGCAGGCGGCGCAGGGGUCCUCCCCGCGCCCCGCCGCCGCCGGCCUCCAGACCUGCCCUCCAGCCCCGCCCCGUUCUUGACCAAACAUGACAGACUCUGAACAUGCAGGGCACGACAGAGAAGAUGGUGAAUUAGAAGAUGGUGAAAUAGAUGACGCAGGGUUUGAAGAAACACAAGAUCAGGAGGCAAAAGAGAAUGAAAAGCAGAAAAAUGAGAAAGCCUACAGAAAAUCAAGAAAAAAACACAAGAAAGAAAGAGAAAAGAAGAAAUCCAAAAAAAGAAAGCAUGAGAAACAUAAGCACAACUCUCCAUCUGGCGAUGAGAGUUCUAACUACAGCCUGGAUUCAGAUGUUGAACAUAUGGAAAGUUCCUAUAAGAAAAGAGCUAGCUUCUACAGGGAUUAUGACAUUCCAUUUUCUCAGCAUGGACAUAUAUCAGGAAGUUACAUGACAUCAAAGAAGAGUCAACAUAACAAAAAAUUCAACAGUAAAGAAUAUGCUGAGUCUAGUUUCUACAGUGAUGACAACUUUGGUAACUACAGUGAUGACAACUUUGGUAAUUACAACCACGAGGGAGAAGAAGACUUUUCCAGUCAGCUGAAAUACUAUAGACAAUCUCAGGAAUCUUCGGGUUCAUCAUUUUCUAAAGAAUCAGGGAAAAAACAGAGAACUAAAGGAAGCCCGCCAGGUACUGAAUAUCGAAUUAAAAGUUUUAAUACUAGUCAUGGACAUAUUUUGCCGAAGAAAAUCAAAAGAAAAGAACACCGUGGGGCAAGAGUGACUAAAGGCCCUAAUGUCUUUUCAGGAAUGGAUGACUUUCAAGAGUACAAUAAGCCAGGGAAAAAGUGGAAAGUUAUGACUCAGGAGUUCAUUAACCAGCACACAGUGGAACACAAAGGAAAACAGAUCUGUAAAUACUUCUUGGAAGGGAGGUGUAUUAAGGGAGAUCAUUGUAAAUUUGAUCAUGAUGCAGAAUUGGAGAAGAAAAAGGAGAUCUGCAAAUACUAUUUACAGGGAUAUUGUACCAAAGGAGAAAACUGCAUUUAUAUGCAUGGUGAAUUUCCUUGCAAGUUUUAUCAUAGUGGAGCAAAGUGCUACCAAGGAGACAACUGCAAGUUUUCCCAUGAUGAUCUGACUAAAGAGACAAAGAAACUUUUGGACAAAGUGUUGAAUGCUGAUGAAGAACUUACAAAUGAAGACGAAAGAGAAUUAGAAGAACUUAGAAAGCGUGGCAUAACUCCUCUCCCCAAACCACCCCCAGGAGUCGGGCUUCUGCCAACCCCAUCAGAGCACUUACCCUUUUCUGAUCCUGAAGACGAUUUUGAGACAGAUCUUUCUGAUGAUAUGAAGAAAAUUCCAUCUCUUUUUGAAAUAGUCGUAAAACCUACUGUGGAUUUAGCACAUAAAAUUGGGAAGAAACCACCAGCAUUUUACAGCAGUGCCUCACCACCAGGACCACAGUUUCAGGAAGGCAGUCCCUGUCCACAGCACAUGUACAAUUCUGAGUCAAGUCCAGAUCCGGGACCUAAUGUGCCUCAAGGUUGUGAUAGUCCUGUGAGGCGUCCAGGCUCCCCUGGACAUCACCCAUGUGUGGGACCUCCUGGUCCACCAGUGCACGAGAGUGCACCUUUGCCACCUGGUCCACCUGAAACUGUAAGCUCUCAUAGUCAAGCUGGAGGGCUUACUCAGUUGGACGUACUACCAGCCUCUGGUAGAGCUUAUCAUUCCCCAGGCUUUCCAGGACCUGCGAUGAAAGUCCCUAGAGAGAACCACUGCUCUCCAGCCUCACUGUACCAGCAAAUGCCUGGAGAGAUGCAGCCUAGCACAGACUCCGCAUCCCCGCAAGUCCCAGCCGAGGUUUACGAGGACUACUACUCACAGCAUGCUGCACAUAGUUUUCAACCCCCUGAUAACUGUGCUGAUGAGAUGUGGCCUGAAGAAUUUGCACCCCAGCAGCCUCCCACUGCCCAUGACUCAUCUAACCUUGGGAGUGGGCCUGACACCAGCAGCAAUUUGACAGGUCACUGCCCUCUGCCUGCCUCAGGGCUCCCUCCUGCAGUGCAGAGAGCUCUUUUCAUCCGAUUGGCUCAGAGAUACCAAGAAGAAGAAGCAGCUGGCACCCAGCCUCAUAGAACAUCAAGCAAGGAAGAAGGUUUAAUAGAUGAUACAGUCAACUGGUACUCCAGCAGUGAAGAGGAAGAAGGAAGUGGUGUCAGGUCAAUAUUGAGAACAUUACAGAAACAAACAGGAACUCUAAGAAGUCAGCAGCACCCACCCCCAGAGCUUGGCAUUCCUACUGAUCCGAGACUUGCUAAAGAGAAGAGGAAAGGAAGUCAGGUGGUUGACCCUAGGCUUCGGACUGUCCCAAGGCAAGACAUUAGGAAGCCUCAUGAGUCUGUCCCAGUGGAUCUUAGACUUGCGUGGGACCCCAGGAAAUUAAGAGGGAAUGGAAGUGGUCCUGGAGGCUCUUCUGCUAGUGGAGCAAAGUGUGAUUUACAUCGGGCAAAUGCUGGUACAAAUCGCAAACCCAAAAGAAGAGAUGAUGAUGAUGAAGAUACAGAACGAGAACUGAGAGAAAAAGCCUUCUUAAUACCUUUGGAUUCUUCACCUGGAGUAGUACUCCAGGAUCCAAGGUCACAGUUAAGACAAUUCAGUCACAUUAAAAUGGACAUUAUCCUAACCAAACCCAACUUUGCAAAACACAUCGUAUGGGCUCCAGAAGACUUACUCCCAGUACCUUUACCUAAACCUGAUCCAGUAUCUUCAAUCAAUUUACCUCUGCCUCCACUUAUAGCUGACCAGAGGCUCAGUAGGUUAUGGAAUACAAAAAGUGACCAUCAAAGUGCCCUGUCCCUUGAUCCAAAAUCAGCAGCCAAAGCCAAAAUGAAUCUAACACAGAGAGAGGGCUACUUAGAACAGUGUGCAGAUUUACAUAGUUCAGGAGGUAAAUUAGGAGACCCUAGGCUGCAAAAGAAUUUUGACCCUAGGCUUCACAGACUGCCCAAUACAGAGUCACAUCAAGUGGCUAUAAAGGACUCACAUGUAUCAAAGAGUGCCCCAAACUUAGCCAGAUCAAACCCUACUUUGUCCCAGCCUUCAACAGCAUUACCUACCAAUGCUGGUCUUGUGGCUCUUCCUCCAUAUGCCCCCAAACUGUCUUCUUCAGCUGGCCUUCCACUAGGAACUUCAAGUUCAGUUCUUAGUGGCAUUAGUUUGUAUGAUCCCAGGGAGAAGGGUUCAUCAUCUUCAUCAGAGCUAGCAGCCAUUUCUUCAGAAGAAAAUUCAGAGAACCAGGAAACAAGUGGUUUAAAAAAUAGUGAUAAAAAUGACCCUUCCCCUGGAGAAGUGAUCCUACAGAAAUCUCCUGCAGACAUGGAAGUCCCUGUUGAGAGGCCAGUUGACAUGCAGGCAGAUACUCUGGGGAGUGCUGAUAAGGUCCAGGUUCCCGCUCUGCACAGUCUUCCUAUUCAGGCCUUAACAGGCUUAAUUAGACCUCCAUACAGUGACCCAAGGCAGGCCAGAGAGUCAGGACAGGGAAGCCCAGCCCCAGAGGAUGACAAGUCUCUGAGAGAGGUUUUUAAGACAUUUGAUCCAACUGCGUCACCAUUUUGUUAGCUGUUGUGUAAUUAAGCUGUUGCCACCCUCUCACAGUUCUCUGCUGUUUGUAACUGGUUUACCUCUAUAGUUUAUUUAUUUUUUAAAUUAUAAGCAUUUUUCAGCUGCUAGUAUCAGAACCACAUGAACUUAUAUCCUCUAAAGUCUGUGGUAUUUUAUAUAAUAUUUUUAUAACUUCAAGAGACUGUAGUAUAGAAAUACAUAUCAUGUUAGCGUUAGUAAAAGUAUUUUUUUUUCUUUUUGGUUUUUGAGACAUGGUUUCUGUGUUGCUUUGGAACCUGUCCUGGGAUUAAAGGCGUGUACCACCACCACCACCCAACUAGUAAAAGUACUUUUUUACUUGUAAGUAAGUAAACUAUCAUGAACUCAACACUCAGCCCAAGUAAAUGCCAGUUGUCUUUCAUAAUCAAUGUUUAGGUUAACAACUAACACUUUUAUAUGGUUGUUUAGUUUCAAGCAAUAUGAUAUACAUUAAUUUUGAAAAUCAGUAUUUUAACUAGGAUCCUCUCUGCCAGCACAAAACUGAUUAGUUUGUAAAGCCAACUGCUAAGUAAAAUGCAAGGUGAAAACAUUUAAAACCAUAUUUAGCUCAGCUCGUCUUUAAGGGCAUCACUUCAUUAGCAUUGGCAACACUGAUUGUGUACAUGAAGCACUUGAAUGUUGUAUCUUUUAAAAGUAUUUUAUUGUACACUGUAUCAUAGAAGCUGAAGGAAAUAAAUGUUUUGCUACAGUAAAAAAAAUCCCAGGUUCUGUAACAGAACUUUUAAAAUUUAAUUUUUCAUAUUAAAUAGUUAUGAGUUUAUUGCUGUGUCACAUUGUGAUAAUAAUGUAUGUAUUUCAGUGUUUGGUCUUUAGCUACAUAAUUUUUAUCUCUUUCAAAUGAUGUAACUGCAAUAAUUGUGUUCAUUAUGACUGGCAAUUUUUAACAAUUUUCAAAGUGAGACCGUAGUAAUUAUUAAGCUGAUAAUGUUUUAAAUGUCUAGUUUCUAUAUUUUUUCUUGCAUAGCAAAAACUUCCACUGAGAUGGCAGAUAUAUUCCAUUGUAUAGGGUACCAAUAAACAAUCUUUUAGAUCUCACAUGACUGGUUCUAUAGCAGAGGUCACCUGUGUUCUAAUUAUUUAAUGUUCUCAUAGCUUAGAAAUUUAAAUUGAUUAGAAAUUGUAUUUUAUGACAAGUAACUUGUAUUCAUUUUUGUAUAUUUGUUGAUGAGUAUAGACAAUGACACCUGUGUUUCAUGAUCUGACUCAUAACUCACAAUGCUACACUGGCAUGGUCUCUUGAACUGCUGGUGUAUGGCAGUGUUUGCUGGGGUGCCUGCAGUAAAUCACUUGUAAAGGGGAAGUUUUUAUGAGACAAAGGGGGUAAUAACUCCAGUGCUUAGUUAAAGAGAGCACCCACCGAAGCAGUUUUCACAGUUCACAGCAAAGGUUUUUGUUUCUAUUUGUUGCCUAAAAAUGGCUCUGGAUAACAGGGUAGGAUUAAAGAUACUGUUUAAAGCCACCAUAGAAACCAUUUUCUAACUUACUGUUCAAACGAACUUUACUGUUAAUUGAAAAGUCAAUAAAGUAGUUAAAACUGACCAAAAAAAUGUAUCCCAAAGUAGUACGAUUUCCUUUUAUUGGAAUUUUUUUAAAAAUCAGUAAAAUAUCUAAAUUUUAGUGAAUCAAAAAUCGCAACAAAUCUUUAGUUCCACUCAUGCAUUUAUCCUUAUUGUUGAAUUAAGUAAUGAUUCUAAAUAUACAGAAAAAGAUAAUUUGGCUUGUUAAACAUGAAACUCUUAACGAAAGCUCUCUUUUUUAAAUUUCUGAAAAGAAAAUUAAAUGGAUAAUUUAAAAGUAGGAUUUAAAAGUUAUUAAUUCCAAUAAUGGAAUAUUUGUUUACUCAUUUCAUUGUCUCAGUUACUGUUCUGUUGUUGUAAAGAGACACUGUGACCAAGGCUUCUCUUAACAAAAUAAAACAUUUAGCCCGGGACUUGCUUACAAUUUCAGAGGUUUAGUCCCUUGUCAGUAUCAGCAUGGCAGCACUCAAGGUGCUGGAACAACAGCUAAGAGAUACAUCCUUGUCUGCAGGCCAAGAGAAGGAAGUGGGCUCAGCAUGGGCUUUUGGAACCUCGAAGCCUGCUCCCAGUGACACCCUUCCUCCAACAAGACCACAUCUCCUAAUCCUUCUCAAAUGGCCCCACUCCCUGAUGACUAAGAAUUCAAAUAUAUAAGCCCAUGGGGGCCAUUACUAUUUAAACCACCAUACUCAUUCAUGGAUGUCUAUUAUAUCAGCUAGUGCCCUAAAGACUAUUUUACAAGCAAAUUUAAUCUUAGUUGCAGGUUUGACAAUACAGUUUAUAUGAAAGUAUUUUUUGUUUAAAAUGGGGCUUUUAAUAUAUACAAGUCUUUGGGAUUGAGAUACUCGAUUACGGUGUAUUGUACGGAGCCCGUCAACAUAGACUUGCUUAAUCCCCCUUUAUUACUAUCUCCCAAAAAGUGUAACAAAUGCCUGCUUCUCCCAGUGAGUAAGCCCUUCUUUAAAGUGGGUUGCAUUGGGUUUAAAAACAACUUUCCCCAUGGACUUAGAUAUGUGAAUUCAUGGACCCAGCUGGAGCUGCUGUUUGAGGAGGUUUGGGCUAUGUGGUCUUGUUGGAGGAAGUUUGUCUCUUGUGGCUGGCUUUGAGAGUGAAAAAGACUCACCUACUUCCAAUUUGCCCAUCUCAUGCUUUGAAGAUGUGACCUCUCAAGUUCUGACUUCUGCAGCGGUGCCCACCUGCUCUAAUGCCUCCCUGCCGGGUUGGACUCAUGCUUCUGGAACCACAAGGCAGGAUAAGCUCCUUCUUCUGUAUGUUACCUUGGUCAUGGGGUCUCAUCACAGCAACAGAGAAGCAGCUGAUGGAGCUGGUGUUUUCAGAAUUCGUGGAAUUUGGUGUAUAAUAUCACAGUGAAAGUAAGUUCUGCCCUGCUCUUAGAAGCUUCACAUUUCCAGACAACAGAAAUAGGCUGGUUCUGGAAGACUGCAUAGUCUCUUCUGUUGUGAUGCAUUGAACCUUCCUGCUGGGUCUCAGAAUUCAUACCCAUUUACCUUGGUUGGAUAGAGUACGAAUCAGGCCAUAAAAUAGGAAUAGCAGCUGAUCAUAAGAAUUUAGAUAUGUCAACUAUUUUCCUGUAUCUUGGUUAGAACUUUAUUCUGAACUUUGAAAACAAAUCAGAUGUUGAAAUGGUUUGUUUCACUCUUAGGUACUUGACCCCAUUUCUGUAUGGAACCUCCAUGUUUCCCACCCUGUACCUGAAACCCCAGAACUGGGCUGCAGUAAAAAGAGCCACAUUAUGUGAUGAUAUGUGCUUCAGGUUUUGGGUUUUAACUUGCCUUAGUUUUCCAGACCUUGAUGCUCCUGCUAGUCCUAUUUACUUCAAGAGUGAGAGAACAGUUGAGUAGCUAAGUCUUAUUUCAACUGAAUAGCUAUGGGGCUGGAAGGACAGAGAACUUUUGAAGGUCUCAACGUCUAAGGACAAAGGAAUUCACUUUUUUGUUCUGAAUUGACUUCUGAGCUUUAUGUCAACAUCUAGUUUCUUAUCUGUGAUAUAUAAAUAAUUUCAACUAUUUCUAGGUUUGAGGUAGGGAGGGGAUUGUUUUUAUAGCAUAUUUGUAAAUAUAAAAUUGCUCUCUGUAUAUCGGAGACACAAUCCCUACAUUCCUAUCGGGGUUAUUAAGUUAUUCCAGGUUGUUCCAGAACAACUAGGCGUGACCUGUGUGGUUUGCCGAUUUUAUGAAGCUUUAGAUUUGCACUGAAAUCAUAAGAGAAUUACCUGAGAUGUUGUUUCCGAGGAUACUAGCCCACCAGGCUAGCAAGUCUUCAAAUGGCAGUGUGUAAGAAAUACAGACCUUUUCUACCCUAGAGGUAGGUGUAUAGAUUUGUAGUUUGUCAUGAGGAUCUGAUCUGCCCAAUUCAUACAUGAUUGACGUUGAUGGAUGUCAACCACUCUGCUGCUGGGCCGUGUUGUAUGUCUCUGAAACAGUAUGUGAGGGUGGGGUGGACAUCUAUUCAGUAUAAAAGCCACUGGUUCUUAGAAACAGCAGAGAUACUGGCUCAGGUGGGCAUGUGACCACACUGUUUAUUCAUGAGUUGUUCAUGUUUUAAAUGUAAAAUGUAUUAGAAAGAAUGAAAAUACUCUAAUGUAUUAUUAGUAUCAGCAUUUCAAGUGAUCAGUCCCCAUCCGCUUGACUCACUGUUGAUUUUAUACCAGGCAAGAGCUGCCACUGAGCUCCACUUUCCAGCCCUUCGCUAUGGAUUUAAGUAUCUUUAAGAAUAUUAAGGCUGGAAGGAAUAUUAAAACUUGCAUUUCGUUAGUGUACUUUGAAUGUAACUGGCCCCCAUAAUCUCAUGGUGGAAUGACACUAUUUGGAGGUGUGGCUUUGCUGGAGUGGGAAUGGCCUUGGAGGAAGUGGGGCUUCGUAUGCUCAGGACACUGCCCCUGUGCCAGUCGAUUCCUUGUUGGAGGAAGUGGGGCUUCCUAUGCUCAGGAUACUGCCCCGUGUGCCAGUCGAUUUCCUGUUGCCUGCACGAUGUGGACUCUCAGCUCUCUUCAGUACCAUGUCUGCCUGCAUGCCGCCAUGCUCCCCGUCAUGGCGAUGAUGGAC